GCAACUUCUCCCGGGAAGGCGCCUCCCGCCGAGCCCCGCGAGCCGCAGCCCCCGAGGGCUCCGAGCUGGCUUUUCCCUUUCCUCUGCCUCCCCCCUGCGGAUUCCAGGCACGGACCUUGGUCCUGGCGCUCCCGCUGCCGGGUGACAAGAGCCAGCGCCGCCGCCGCCGCCGCCGCCUCGGCCGCCGCUCCCUCGGCCGCCCGGCCGGCCGCCCCCGGCCGCAGCCCCUGCCGCCCGCUCCCGCCCGCACCAUGGAGUUCUCGGAGAGGAAACGAAGCAGGAAAUCGCAGAGCUUCAAACUGGUGAGCCGAGAUUAUCACCAUGAGGUAUAUAAGAGCUCAGAAUUCAGCAACGAUGUUAAUGGGGAGGCCAAAGAGACACAACCCGUUUUUUUAGGAGAUGAAAGCAUGGAAAUUAAAAAGCAAAUUACAGGAAUGAGAAGAUUACUGAAUGACAGCACUGGAAGGAUUUAUCAGCGUGUGGGCAAGGAAGGAGAAAAGUUAAAAGAAGAACCCCAGGAUUUGGAUUCCAUCUGGCCUCAGCGUUUGAACUCCUCUGCUGAGGCCCCCCAGAACCUCAACCCUUGUUCACGUGGUGCAUGGAACGAGUUAUCACCCCAAAGCGGGCAGUUCUCAGGGCAGUAUGGCACCCGUUCCAGAACCUUCCAGAGUCAGCCCCACACUGCUGGGAGCUCCAACGGAGAACUUCCCGUGGUGACUGCGUCAGCUGGCUCCACCUGCUGCACUUGUAACUGCCAGUCCACGUUGCAGGCCAUUCUCCAAGAACUCAAGACCAUGCGGAAAUUAAUGCAAAUUCAAGCAGUUGGAACCCAAAACAGACAACAGCCCCCAAUUUCCCUUAUAUGCUCCCAGCGAACUGCUGUCUCACGCAAGAGAAAUAAAAAGAAAAAAGUGCCCCCAAAGACUGUUGAACCUCUUACUGUGAAACAGAAGCCCACUGUGUUAGAAACUGAGAAGAAGACAGCAGUGGCCUCUGAGCAGUCUGGUCUCCAGGCGGCCAAGCACACCUCCACUGGGGAGAACCACGUCCUAGGAUUUGGCAUUGUCCUCGAAUCGCCUUCCUCAGAUCCAGAAGUGCAACUUGCUGAAGGCUUUGAUGUGUUUAUGCCUAAAUCUCAGCUGGACUCUAUAUUGUCAAACUACACUCGCUCAGGAAGCCUUCUGUUUAGAAAACUGGUGUGUGCAUUUUUUGAUGACAAGACUUUGGCUAACUCCUUACCCAAUGGGAAGAGGAAAAGAGGACUCAAUGACAACCGGAAAGGACUAGACCAAAAUAUUGUGGGUGCAAUAAAAGGAACUGGUGACAUGAAGACGAGUGAGGCACGGGCCCUGACCUGAAGGAAUGUGCAGUGGAGUGGAGCUGCAGAUCUGUAAGCAGUGAGCCAUGACCCAUAGCUGUACUCUGGGAUGGCAUACAUCAACGUCAAGUGUCCAUACUGAAUGGAGGGAGAAAGCACAGAGGGUUGAAAUCCCUGUAAGAGAAGGCCUCGCGGAACAGGUGACAUCUAACCUAGACCUUGAAGGAGGAAAGUAUAUCAAAUGCAAAGAGAAUGGGAAAGGUGAACCACAGAACAAGUCUAAUGAAGCUUACAUUAAAUAAAACAUUGGCUGAAAGCCUUUUGCCUCCAGAACUUUUAAAAUUCUAUUCUGAAUGGUAGGCCUUGAGUCCUCACCAACCUGUUCACCUUCAAGUGUUUUACUUCAUGAAUAAAAUGCCAAUGAAAAGGACUCCAAUAUUCUUUACCCUCAGGGGUUUUCAACCACAGCUUUGCUUCUUAAAGCCGCCUCGGGCCCAUCCCAGACCUAGUGAGUCAGAAUCCUGGAGCUGGGGCCACAGCAAGUCUAAAGACUGUCCCUGCUUUGUCACUGGUCUUCCAGAAGCUCGAAAAAGGAAUCUCGUCUUCCUCAAAAUUAUAGCUCCAUCUGUUUGCCACAUAAGGAGCAAAUGGAAAUGUGGAGAAAUUUGUUAAGAAUGCUGUGGCUUUAUUGAUCUUUCUUCAGUCUAUCACGUAAUGGACAGGAAGCAGUUGUGGGUUAACUUGCCAGGAUUCAACUCUAAUUCCCAGUUACUGAAUUCUUAAAAAUCCUGCGUUUUAACACCACUGUUAGGGUUGACAAAAACAGCCUCCCGUCAAAAGAGAUAAGUUUCUGUAGCAAACCAGGGCCAUUACAGCAUGACGGUGCAUUGCACAAAAUUAUGGGCACCCUUUCCUUGUUGACAUUGUCGAUGUGUGCAUUUAUGAUAACAUUUUUCUGGCAGAUGCAGGUAACAUGUCCUGAGGAAGGGACACCUUUCUGGUUUGCACAGUGCCCUGAAAAUAGAAAGCAGUGUUUUCUGCACAGCCCAUCUCCUUUUUCUUUCAGUCCCUGAAUUGUUUGGCUGAUCUGAGAUGCUCACGAGCAUCUCGAGGUAAUGCCACAUCUCUCCUAUUUUCUUUCCCAUUGUAGGGAAGCAGAAUUGUAUAAUACGUCCCGAAUUGGUCAAAUUAUAUUUCUCAUAGCUUUUCUCCUACAGUUGGUGCCAGUAAUCUGGCAAAUGUUGUCAGUUCAGUUCCAUGAACAGUUAUUGAUGAUCUCACACAAGGUAUGCAUCAAAAAUCUGAGAGACUCAAGAAUUUAAAUUUGCUUAUAUUUCUACCCUAAAGAUGCAUAUGCAAAUGAUCAUGGGAUAUUUGUAGUCACUACAGUACCAUGGACUGACAGUAAGCCCACGGUGAAAUAGGGAUAUGCGUCAGCUUCCACUAAGAAAACCCCUUAAAAAUCAACAGCCCUUCAUUUAAAAUUGAACUGCAAGCAGUCGUCAGUUGUGGCUGCCUUUAAGACAUCUUUGUAUCAGAGAAAGCGUGGCUGCAUGUGUCCUGUUAAAAGCACCCUGAGAAGAGAGAGAUGCUGCCUCUUGGAAUUAAUCAGGUCUUCCCAUGACUGCUCCCUUCGGUCAAGUCUUCUGUUGCAUUGGCUGUGUUUCCAGGUUCUCCUUUCUUGCCUCUGGCUCUUGGUUAGAUUUUGACACCUCUCCAUGGUCAGCUCCUGGUAUUUCUCAGAACCUUAGCAUCCCCUCAUCAACUCUAUCCCUUUGACCACAGAGUAAAUCCAGUAUUGGUUAUUUUCAGGACCUCCCUCCCCACACAUCUUCAUCACCACAUGCACCAUUUUGAAUCAGCUUAUAGCCAGCCACAACUAAGUGGGGGCAAAUCCUAGUUAGAAAUGUGGACAGAAGCCAGGAACAAAUGAGAUAGUUGACAGUAAGGACUGUGACAUACUGAACAUUUCAGACUAAUCGCAGGGCUCAGGACCUGUCCUGGCUUCUUUCUAAAGAGGCAGGUGUGGUCCUUGUUACCCACGCAGCAUACCACCUGAAAGGUGGCAUGGGGCUUCCAACACUAACACCUCCUUGCAACCACAUUAUUUUUGACAGAGGCAUCAGCAUUCUCCUACUUUUCAAGUUUGAAAACUCAGAAUCUCCUUCAAUUGCCUUUUUGUUGCCUUGCCACUAAUCCCACCUCGUAGCAAGGUCCUAUCUAUUCUUUUCGUCCUUCCUCUCUCCUUCAUUGCUCUUCAGCUUCUCAGAUGCUUCAGCUUCUAGUGCAGCCGUGCAUCCCCUUGUCCUUGAUGUUCUACAAAAAACUUUUUUCAUUUCUUUUUUUUCUGAGAUAUAAUUGGCACGUAACGAUUAGUUUCAGGUGUACAACAUAAUGAUUGAAUAUUUGUAUCUAUUGUGAAGUGAUCACCACAAUCGGUCUAGUUAAUAUCCAUCAUCAUAAAAAACUCUUUAAAUAUCCCUGACCUUGUUUUCCCCCUCCGCUUCAUACUGUAUUCUAACAGCCAGGGAACACCUGUAAAACAAAAUUUCAUGACGUUAUCCUACCUAAUUCCUCUUUGCCCGUUAAAUCAAGUCCAAACCCUGGCCUUUUCCAGACUCCCCACAACUUGAUUUCUCUCUCCUGUCAGCCACAUUUCCCAGGGCUCCUGCCAGGUGAGCAACCCAGCGUUGACACUAUCCCUCAAGCAUCUCAGACUCAUUCUGGACUUCGAGUCAUGCUGUGUUCCUUAGGGCUACCAUGCUCUUCUCUCUUUGCAGACAAGUCCAACUCAUUCUUCAUGGUCCAGCCCAAGUCUCAUCACCUCUGCCAGGAGACUUUCUCCACAGGCCGUAGCCCAUGUUGGCUUCCCCUUUCUCUAAAUUCCUAUGGGAUAUAUUAUUACCUUUCUUCCAUGGAACAAUACCUCUUAACCCCUUGCCUUGCUACUCAUGGUGUAUACGGAGGAUGACUAUGUCAUUUAUUGCCCAAACUGGGACACUCUUGAGACUGAAAAUGGUGCUGUUAAUAAUUUCACUGGGAAAACAAGUGUUUUGAACUGUCCUGGGGAAUCAGGAUAUUUGGUCAUCCUGUUUGUUUGAACCUCUUGUCUUCUCAACAAGACUACAUGCCCCUGUAGGGCAGAGACCACCUUCUACAUUUGCUUUGCAUAUUCCUUGACACGUGAAACAGUGCUGCUCACAUAACUAAUGAUCGAUAAAUACAGAAAGGAAGGAAAGAGGAAUGGAGGGAAUCAAGCGGUCAGUUUGUCUUCGCUGAAAAAGAUCAGUUCUUAAAAACACAGAUGUGUGCAGGGGAUGAAUAACAAGAUAAGUAUACAACUCCUCCAUGACAAGUUGGAAGAGGGCAGCUGAAAUUCAAGAAGGCUGAAAUUCUAUGUAAGUUUGAAGAUUAGAAGAAACAACAGCAACAGACAGAUCAGGUGGUGCACAGCAAUCAAGGAUGAUAGAAGUCUUGCCAACUGAAAACAUGGAAGUGAUCCCAAAUACGAAACCCAAUCUGUAUUCAGUGGGGGCUCUGAGAGCAUUGAUUAUCACUAAAGAUCAAAGAGCAACCUCCACAAUAUACAAUAUGGAAGGUGUAGUUUGUCACACUUCAUUCAUACCAGAGAAUAAUAUCUUCAAAAGGUGAAGUAUAAUAACUUUAUUGUGAGAUUUUAAUUUAAAUAAUGACUUAAUGUUAAUUAAUAAAGAUUCCAAUAGUGGAAUCCAUAAAUGGGUUAAAUGGGCCAUUUCCUGUUUCUACCAUCUCGAGACUUCUUAAUACAUCAGUAUACUUAUCCAUCCAUAUGUUUUUUUAGCAUUCAUCAUCAUGGCAACUUGGUGCCUCAAAGAGAGAGUAUCAAAGAAAAUUUUGAGAACUUUUUUAUUGUCAGUGUCAAAACGUGAGCCCAAUAUUUUCCAGAGCUAAUCUCAAUCAGAAGGGAGUUGCCAGCAUUUAAAAAGAAGAGAAAAUAAAAUCCUAGCUCUGAGGCAUCGGCCCUGUUCUAAUGCCCAGCACCUUCAACCUAAUGUCCACUACGCAGCAGCCACAAGUAUAUGGUAGCAGGCAUGGGACAAGUGUAUCGAUCUGAUGACCUCAUCUCAUAGGCGAGACCCCCGUCACCACCAUUGCUCUUCUAGUUCAUCGCUCUUGCUCUUCCAACUUGGCCGUCUCUGAGUUGGAGUGGUUGUGAGGCACGGGAUGGUACCUGAACUUCCUAAAUGUGUUGUAAUUUGUUCUGGUACUGUGGGUAUUACUUCCAGACUCACUGGCUAGUGGGUGAACUCAAUCCCUCAUGGAAUGACUUCAGGAGUUCAUAUGCUAAGAAACCCUAGCUUUAAAAACUGAGAGAAAAACUCAGAACUUUCUCCCCAUUCAUUUAUAGAAAGACCAGACAAACAUAGAAGCAUGCUGCGAAGCAGUGCCUGGGCAAAGGGAGCAUCGUUAGUGUGCGUGCCGUUUUGUGCCACUUGCCUAGCUGUUGGAGCUGAUGAUUCUCGAUCCUUCAAAUUUUGUUUCAUUUGAGCGUCAGUUCCUGAUCUGCAAACUGAAUGAGUUAUACUAUUUCCAAGAUGCCUUCCAAGUAGCAUUUCUACAAAUCUAUGAGUUUGAAACAUUUCUCUUUGCCAAAAAACGGCUAGACAGUAAAAUACCAUUACAUCAAAGCUUGUUAUGACCCAGAUGUUAAUAAUUAGCAGAUAUAAUUUAUUCCCUUGAAAUAUGCCAAACAUGUUAAACAAACGUGUUGUAGCACAGCCAGCCAAAAGAUAGUGUUAAUCAUAUUUCCCACUAACCAUAUUAUCAAUGGGCUCUGCUGAGGGCUUUCUUAAAUUGAAGUAAAUUAAAAUUAACUUUGUCUAAUUUGAGAAACCACUAUAGGCACUUUCUUUUAGACAGAGAGGGCAUUGUAGCAAAAACUGAAUAAAGGAAGACACGGGAUAUUGUUCUUUUCCUCCAGACUACUCUGGCCUCAAAUCUUUGAGAAUCGCUGUGAUUAAACGAUAUUGUUCAAACCUCAAAGUCCCACCAGUUUGGGGAUAAUGAAAGGAGCAUUGUGGGAUGUAGAUUUUCUCCUGACUCUGCCGUUUAAGGUCUUGAAACAUUACCUUCUCUUGAAAAAAGAUUCGUGGCUUGGCUAAUUUUUAGUCUCUUCCAGUUCAGAAAUGUGUGUGGUUCAGUAAUUUUCGGCCAUAUUCUCAGAAGUAAGCCUGUAGAAUUAAAUCUGACAGGGAAUCAAUUUUGAGGAUAUCUAGGGCCCUUUUCAUUACAACAACCAACGGAAGGUCACAGCCCCAUUCAAGGAUCAGCACUAAGGGGCGAAGUGUUCAGUGGUCCUUCUGGUCACCUUUCACCCGACUUGACCGGCUGACUGCCCUGCAGUCCCGUCUGUACAUAAUUCAGUAGGAUAUUCUGGUUUCAUCAAUAAAUACAUUCUUGUUUGCAUUACUCUAUUUCCUCAACUUUUCAUUUAAAGAUUUCAUUUUUAGGUGCAUUAGUUGAUGAACUAUGUGCUAAGUCUUAUGGUUAAAUCUGAAACGAACUUCAAGGCUCAGUAUAUUUCAAGAUCUAUGGCCGUUUACUGAAGAAAUUCUCCUUUCACUUCUUUCAAGUCAAGUCACAGACCAGAGAAAAGAAGUUUCUGAGAUUUUUCUUUCACGAACCAUAUGUUUCUGCUGCCUAUUAUGUGCAGCGAUGGACAAGAGAGCCUUGAUCUCUGCCCUUGUUGAGUUUAUAGUUUAGAUGAUCACUACAUGUUGCUAUUUAAGAACCGCUGGUUAACGAACUCGCGGGGCCUUGCCUGAGAAGGUCACAUUUCAGCUGUGACCUGAAGGCUGGUGGACUCGUGUCUUCACCCUGUUACUCCCAGCAGGCAAAUCAUCAAAUCCUCUCCUAGCUCCCCUUUAAAGAUAGCUUCUGGUUUUUAUCCCAAGAGAGAGUGCACGUAAGGAAUAUCCUUGACAUCUGGUCAGUAUUGACAUUUUCACAGCAUCAUCUUAGGAAAAAUUUUCUGAUUUGUUCAUAGAACGACUGAAGAAUGGCAUUUGUCCCUGUUAGCGUUAGUCUUCAGGUUAGAAGUAGAAAUGAGAGUAGUCCUCCUCAUCUUGUGUUGUAGACAUUCUCCCAAGAUUCGUUUUCUCUCUCCUUUACCACUGAGAUUUAAGUCAGAUGUUAUAUUUACUUCAUAGCCCUCACUUCUUUUUUUUUUUUUUAGGAAUCAGAAUGUUCUGCCACCUUCCAUUCCCUUUCUGUUUCUCUUUCUCCCUCCUGCUCCAGAGUAACCUGAAGUUGGUGUGAAUCUUUCCCAUUCAUGUUUUUCUAUUUUACUGCUUAACUGUGUGUCCAUAAGUCACGCUAUUGUUUUGUGAAUUUACACAUACAUCUACAUACAGCCUCAUGUACUUUUGCAACUUUUUGUCCUUUUAUUCAAGAUUGAUCCAUAUCAAUACAUUAUAAAUCUUGUUUAUUCAUUUUAACUGCUAACCACAACAUAAAUAAAGCAAUUUCUCUCUCCAGUCUUUUAUUAAGAGACAGUUAGGGUGGGUCUGUUUCGUGAUUCCCCAUGGCAGCAGCUGUCUUUGGGUUUCCUGGGGCUUGUGUGUGAGUUUCUCUAAGGCAUGCACCAGGGAGUGGAACUGAGGCACGGGAUAGAAACACUGCCAAGUGGUUCUCUAAGGUGGCCAAUAUCAUUUAAACACCCACCAGCAAUAUAUAAGAAAUCCUGUUUUUCCUUGUCCUUGCCAACAUCUGGUGUGAACAAACUUUAAUUUCUACCAGCCUGAUCUGUCUCAAAUGGCACCUCAGUGGUGGUUCCCUGAUAAUCCAUGAGGAUGAGCAUCAUUUCAUAUUUAUUACCAUUUGGUUGUUUUCCUCUGUGAACUUCCAUCCUUUUCCUAUUUUUCCAUUAAGUGGUUGUUAUUGACUUAUAUGAAUUCUUUUGUCCUUUAUAUGUAUUAUAGAUAUUUUCUCUUCCAACUUGCAGAACUUUGCAUAUGGUCUCUUUUAUCAUAUCAAAGUUUAGCCUUAACAGUCAGAUAGAUUACUUUAUGCCUUGUGCUUUUUUGGUGCCCGUUUUAAGAAAUUCUCCCUACCUUGAUGGUAUAAUGGUAUUCUCUUACUUUUUUUCCAACAGAGUUUUAAAAAAUUAUCUUUUAUAUUCAGAUCUUUCAUCCACCCGGAAUUUACUUUUGCCUAAGAUGUGAGGGAGGGAUUUACUUUGUUUUUCUCUGUGGGUAAUCAGUCAUUUUAACACCAUCUUUUUUUUUGCGCAUGAAUAGUAAUUCCACUUCUGUCGUAAUCUGAGCUCCCAUUUCACAUGUUUACACUUGACGUUUUAUCUGCCUCAGGGCCGAUACUACACAGUUUUCAUUAGUUUGGCAUUGCAGUAGUUCUUGAUAUUUUCUAGGUCAUGUCCUCCUUUCUUCUCCCUCCUCCACUUCUUUCCUUCUGCACUGAGUUUUCUUUUUCCUCAAGUACAACCUUUAGUAAUUCUCUGAAUGAGGGUCUGUGCAUAUAUUCUUUCAAUCUUUGUUCUGACAGCUUCUUCAUUUCUCCCUCACUGUUGAAUAACGUGGAGUUUAUUAGUUGGGUAAUUUAUUCUAGAUUGAGGAUUUUUUUCAGAGCAGGUUGAAAAUAUUCCCCUGUCUUCUAUAUUUUGUUGCCAUUGUGAGUCUGUCAACCUGUUCUCCUUUUGUAGGUAAUCUGUCUUUCUCUCUAGUUGCUUUUAAGACCUCCUUACCUGGGAUUUCCCACUUUCUUCGUUUUAAGUCUAGGUAGAUAUUUCUUUUUACAGAGCUCUGCUUGGUUGUUGUGCUUCUUGAAACCAGAGUUCCUGACUUAGCAAUUCUGGAAGUUUUCAUCUGCUGUCUCUUCACGUUUUGCCUUCACUUCUCUCCCUCUGAAACAUCUGUUUGUGUUUACUGGACCUUUUCAUUCUGUCCUUCAUGUCUCUUCCUUUGUCUGUUAUAUUUUCUAUCUCCUCCUCUCUCUCUGCUACCUUCUGAGUCAUUCUUCAGAUCUAUCUCCCUAUUCUAUCUAGUGAUAUUAAUCUAUUGAUUAGCCUGUCCUUUGAAUUUUUGAAUUUUAGUUACUAUAUUUUUCAUUUCUGUAAGUUCCUUUUGGUUCUUUUUGAAAUCAGCCUUGUUGUUUUCUUACUGACUGAAGUCCUUCUUUAAUGUCCCUCAUCAUUUUAGACAUUCUUAUUUUGCCAUUCCAUUGCCUCGAGUUAGUCGGGCUCCGAUCCUGCUUUUCCUUGGGUCGGCUGACUCUUGCUCCUGGUGUGUUGUUUCCUCGUGUGUUUCACUGUUUGUAAAUAUGAGCUCAUCUGCAGUGGGCGUGUGUUUUGCUUUGUUUUCCAUGAUCAUCUGCUGGGACCCAGGUUGUGGGAUCCUCCCUUCAGAGUAGUUCUGCACUCCCGUUGGUCUGGAGCCCAGAGGUACCAACGGCGAUGCUUAUGUCUUUUACCAAGGUAGCAUAAUUUCAUGCGCCAAACUUAGGUGAGGUCCAGGCCAAGCAUUUAGAGUUUUCCAAGAAAACUUUUCCUCCCUCCAAAGACUAGACAGGGCACCCGGUGCUGGUGGGUAGACAGUUAUCCUUUACGCUGCAGUGCAGCCUCUGAGGCUCCCAGCUUCAUGUGGGGGCUUCGGUUCUAACCCCCACAUAGGCCCAAGACCUCCUUCUGUUGGCUUAUAAGUGUGAUAACCUGAAACUGCUCUUCCCCUACCCCCGUCUCACGGCAACUGCACAGUGUGUCGUUGGUCUGCACAUGUGGUUCCUGAGUCUGGAGCAUUCUCCAUCUUCUUUCCUGUCUCUUCAUCUAACCCCCUCUUUUUUCUUGGGUUUCAACUUAGCCAUCACUUUACCCAACAGCUUUCCCCAGCUACCCCCUCACCCCAGGAAUGGGCUAGGUACCCUUCUCUCUGUAUCCUGGACUUCCUUCUGUCAGAGCAGCUUUCCUUUGUACUGGUCUCAACUUCAUUUGCCUUCACCCUCCACUUCAGUGAAAGAGUUUUAAGGACAAGGGACCGCUUGUUCACCUGGCAUAAUCUGGCACAUCGUGGGUGCUGAGUAGAUCCUUCUUGAGUGAAUGCUUGGCAUUUUUAUAAUGAGAGCACAGUGGGGGUCAGGUUCUAGGUAUGAAGCACCCCAGAUUGUGUGUGGGAUCAGAAAAUACCAUCCACUGUGAAUGUGCUUAAUAAGAAUCAGCGCAGACAGGUGAGGUAAACCGUGUGCUGAAGUCAUCGCACAUCGAAAGAAUCGUUUGCGACCGUGUGUCUCGUGAUGUGCCUUGAAGAUCGGUGUGCACAGAGGCCGGGACAGGAAAGCAAAGGGACUUGUCGGUGCCCACUCGGUACUGUGCGGUCUGGGCACUGGAGUGUGGUGGUCAUUGGUACAUAAUCAACAGUGGAUUAAGAAUCAGGCUUUACUCCGACCAUCGUAAAACGCUCUCUCCAGGAAGCAGAGUCCGUCAGGUUCCCUUAGGAAGAAGCUGCGCCAUGAGGCUGCACAGGGAAGUGGUAGCAAUGGAGGCUGCUCUUCGGCUGCAUCCCCUUCUCACCAGCCACACUGUCAGUCUCUCUGGCUCUUCGCUUCUCUCUGCACAUCGGCUUCACCCUCCUCUCCUCACCGGCUGGCUUCCUCCACUUGGUUUCUGGCCCUCACAGUUGUGGUUUGCCCAGGGUACGUCGGGACUACUCACGUCAUGAUGCCUCAGCCUUGCCUCCUAUUGCUAAAGCUCAUCCUCUCAUUGCUUGCUAUUCUGAAAAGAAGGAUGCCAGAGGGCCCAGCUCAUCCUUUUGUGCAGUCCACCACUUGGCUUGCCUAGGUCAAGUGCCCGUCACUGCUCCAGCGGCUUGAAGGGCACUGGGAUGAAACAUUCCUGCCCACUUUCGCAGCAGGGGCCAGGGGUGGGCAGUUUUCCAUAGGCAUCCUAAAGCUUGGCCCACCCCACACCAUCCAGCUGCCUCUGGGUCAAUUCCAUGCUCACCAAGCAACUUUCCGUUUAGUUCUUCGUUCCAGUGUCUUGAUUCCAAGAAGUGGGAGUACUGGGUUAUGACUCAAAUGUUUCAGAUACCAGAAGGGUAAUCCCCCCUAUUACACAUUAAUUCAUUGUCAUCCUAGUUUAUUUAUCAAUCUCUUGUAGGUUUAGUUCUUGUGAGCUGGUUUCUCAGGCCUGUAUCCUCCGGGUGGUCUGAUAAAAUCAGAUUUCUGAACCUGUAUGGCUGAGAGCCAGUCCGUAGACCAGUAACAGCUGCACCAAGAUAUGAAGCCCUGCACCAUCGCCAGCCUCAUUCUGGCUCUUUCCCUUUCUCUCAUGGUACCUUAACUGCCGCAUUUAUUGUUAUUUUCAUAAGUUACUAGAAUGAAUAUCAAGCCUAUAAUUUAUAGGUUUCAGCUCUCGCCAUGAAAUUGGGAAGUGAAGCACCAUAAAAUCAUCAAAGAAAAUAUAUACUCUAUUAGAAUGAAAUUUGGGCCAGUCAUCAGUGUCAGAGCUGAAAAUACCUAUGCAGCAUCUACCCAAGGACCUGUCUCCCUCUCCUGUCCUUGCCACAAGCCAACUAACCCCUUGAUGGAGGGGAGAUCAUCGCAGACCCCACCUGGUCCUCUCUCCUCUGCCGUCCCCCAUGCUUCCAUUUUGUGUAGUUGGAGUGACACCAACAUUCACAGCUUUCACACGGAAGUAUUACCUGAGUUAUUGAUUUGUUUAUGCCAUAUUUAGAAUUCAGUCAUUUUUCUCUUACAAAAUCUGUGCCUUCAUCUACAACUUUAAAUGAAAAAUUAAAUCAUUUAUGUGGAGGAUAAUCCGUAUUAGCUGUGCAGUCUCCGGCCGGCGACAUAACCUGCCCGUACUUGGACUUUGCCAUCUGUAAUAUAGGAUCACCACACCUGUGCCACUGGGUUCUUGCGAAGAUUAAAUGAGAUAAAUAUACAGUGCUCAGCACGUGGGAAGCUUCCAAGUGUAGCCUUGGAAGAGUGAAAGGAAAGAGGAGGAGGUGGGAGGGGUUCUGGUUGGUUGUUCUCUACUCAUUGAGCUGUGAGGAGGUGGGAGGCAGACAGCCCGCGGGGAAACCUGGUCUCCUCCACCUGCAGCUGGGCAUCAGCGAGCAUCACCUGGAGCUGCCCCCCAAGGUUCCCUCUCCAUUUGCACACCCCCAGCAAAGUGGUCCGGGGACCCCACUGUGGAGAGUUCUUUCUUAGCCUUGUCCCUGGCCCCUUGCAAGCUCUGUUUGUUUCGCAGACCUAAUGGGGACCUGGCUUUCAGUUCUACUUGAUGUCAACUUUGAUUUUCACUCAUCUGUUUGACCAGGAGUUAAAACUGAGUCAUCACAUCAUAAGGUGGGCUCUCACUGCUGGCCGGUGUUUGAUCCUAGUUAGAGGAUUUCACAGUGAAACUGAAGCUCUGCAGGGCUCCUCCUGCUUCUUCAAGUAUCUGAGUGAUCCAGUGACUUUAUAAAAAUCCACACCAUAUUCUGCCUUUCCCAACCUAGACAGCCAGAAGAAUCCAAACUCCGAGUCCUCCAGGAACUACUGUGUGAACACAGAGCUGUUUGGGGAACACGGCCAAUCCGCUGUGUUCUCAGCACGUCGCAUUCAGACACGCUGCACACCACCGUGUUCAUUGAUGAUUACAUUAAAUGCUGUGCUCCUCAGGAAGGACCCGCCCGCUCAGCCACCACCAGCUUAUUCAUUAUUUAUAUGCAAUUAAAGGGCAUGGUUCAAAUGAAUGCAGGCAUCCGAGAAAAGUCAUUAUUCAUGUACAGAUCAAAUUGAACAUUUGUCAUUUCCCCAGUGACUUAACAUACUCCUUGUGCCUUGGGACCUCAAAUUAUAUUAAGCAUAGUAGACGUUUUAACUCUUUUUAUUUAGUUUAAUUGUUGGCCUUAGUCCCCUUGUUCGGAUUAUUUGGACUUGUUUAAAAUUAGCCGUUGCCUCCCCUUAACAUAUUAAAAUAGGAAAGGAGGGAAAUUUCUGUUUAGGACCUAUUGCGUUCUAAGGAUGAAUGCAAAUUGUACUGUAAUUCCUAAUGACCCACUAUUAACAUAGCAGGAAACCCAGUGCAUUAAUCCAGUCCCUCUUUUCACAUCAUUACUCCUAAUGGAACUGUUACCAGGAUAAUAGCUUGACCUUUAGCUAUAGAUUUGGAUAGCAAACAUAUCUUCUAGUUACUCGAUACCUCUAUUCACAAAGCAUAUCGAGCAUUUUCAGAUCAAUACGAUGACAAUCUUGGCCGUGUCUAAGGCCUCAUCUGCUCAUGUAACAAAGAGAACAGGAUUUCAUCCUCAGCAGGUAGGUGCUAGUUAAAAGUCUCUUAAGUUUGAGUGUAAUCCAUGACAUAGGAUGUCAGUAACAUGCCCAGUGGAAAUAUUUGUCCGUAUAGGUAUUUUUGGAGAAGCCUUACUGCUGUGCCUCCAGUGGUCUCAGACACAGACCCAGGAGACACAGAUGUCCCUGGCUUCUUUUUAUUGAGACCAGAUAAAAUUUAGCUGAAAGGAGAAAAAAAUAACCAGAAAUUGUUGCCUUUUUAGUGAGUGGCAGAAUACUUGAGCUCAAGAUUAGAUUCGAGGCAUCUGCUUGGAAGCCCCUUGCAGAGUGGGAGAAGACAUUCCAGAACCUUCCCUUUGGUUCUCCUAAACUUGGUCAUUGACCCAUGUGGUUGCUGGGAGUUAUUUUGAUGUUGGCAAAAUCCACAUGUACUUUGUUAAUUUGGAAGCACUACUUCCUAAUGUGCUAAUUUGGACACCUGCAUUGCACAGUCUAAGAAAAGAGGGUUGCUAUGGAAAUUAAUGAUAUAAAUAAUAUUACAAGGAGGGAGAUGUUUACCUACUAAGACUAUAUUUAAUCAUUUUUGUGGUACACAUUUUCAUAUAAACUAAUAGGGCAUUAAAUACAUUUUUUUUUUCUAUUUGUUAAAACAGGACUUUGAGAACCUUUGGGCAAUUCUCUGAUCAAGGAAUGCUAUUGUGGGCGUUUUGAAUGUAAUAAAACCUUAUCUCUUUAACUUCAUUCUAUUAAUUAAGACUUUCUGCUAAUUCAGAGAGUCCUUCCUCCUCCAGUUAGUCUAAAUUUGUGAGCUAUUGUAUUUGCUUCCGUUAGAAACAAAACUGGAAAAUAUGUUUGUUUCUUUGUCAACUGUUUAUUGAGUUUCAGUACAAGGGCACUCGGUACAAGGGCACUGUGGUCGCUGCUUUGAGGGACACGAAAUAAAUGAAGACCCUUGAAGUUGUCUAUAAUCUGGUAUAGGGGAUUCAGAAACACACCUCCCCUGGGAAUAUGUGUCUUCUCCCUCCCUCCCACGUGGAGACGGCUUGCUCGCCCAUGCGCCCCGUGCCCUGUACUGGGCAGCCUGGUUGGUAUUUCUCCAAUCCGAAAUUCUGCUUCCUAAUCAUACUCCUCAUCUACCCAAUUGGGGCUGGGAUGGAAGCUUUCCCUUAAGGCUCAUCACAGCUGUGCGUCUUCCUCUCCAGCCCAGGUCUCACCUUGGGUAACUUCACUGGGAAGAUCCGUCUGAUGCUCGGCCUCAUAGUGUCCGGACCUCAUCCACAGUAACAGUCACCUCUACUGCUUUCAGCCCCACACCGUUGACCACACCUUAGCACGCUCAUACAGAACAGCUCCGCUGCUGAUAUUUUAUGUUCCAGCAAUAUACUCUCAGUUGCCCCUGCUCCAUGACACCUCCUUACCAACCCCAUUGACAUUUCCAUUCCCUGAACUCUAGAGACUUUUCCAAGGCUGUGAGCCUUUUACUUGCUUUACUUCCUUCCCAGAUUUGGGCGGGAACAGGGAGUGAAGAAAGAUGAGGUAAUUCAUUCUAGGUAGCAUCUUCACCAACAUCUUCAA